AUGGAGGUUGAAGACUGGGACAUGAGCACUCGACUCCUCUACGGCCUUCAGCAUUCUCCUCCGUCCGACCACGGAAUGGCUGAGCAGUAUCCAGACAGCAAGAUACAGCAUGAGCUCAAGGCCAUCGCUGUGAGGCUUUAUAACCAUCAGAAGAUGACACCAAUGUUUGCUAGCAAGGUCACGGACGGCAGAAACACCCUCGCAUAUCUUCUGUGUGCCUCGUACGAAUCAAGUCCAUCUUCAUCACCUGAGUCGAAUGGUCGAUUGAGGUUGCGCAACUGUACUCCUUUACCGCUCGCUCAGUGGGACCGCCUGUACUACGUCGUUUGCGCUGAGAUACGGUCCAUGUACAGUGCGCUCGAAGAAGCGUUCGGCAAGGACUUUGAGGGCGGAGCGACGAUCUUGCAUAACGCUGGACCAGAGGGUAUCAGCGGCUCUCCUCGCCACCUAAUCAGUGGCCUUCGACUAGCUCGCAUAUUGGAAGACACGUGGAUAGCGGUCACCGACGAACGCUUGAGGGGGCCAUUGAAUGCAGCAUUAGCUGGUCGACUAAUCAACACUGACGGCAUGGAUCCUGAGGAGAUCACCGAGAUGGUCUUCAACGAUCUCCCCAAAGCGACCACCAGGCGUAGUGAUGACGAAACACUUCUAGCCAGAGCUCGUGCAGAGGUGCGCGAGCUGUCUCAUUCACCUCCUCGCCGCAAGAACAGCAAACACAGCCCAUCCACUCAAUGCCGAUGUAGCUCCGGCUGCAGAUGUCGAAAAGUCUGCGGCCUGCAGCCGAAUGAAUGCGAAUGUACUCACAUGCGAGGACAAAUUUGCGAGAUGAUGGAGAAGCAGCACGACGUUCACAAUGCCGUGCAAGAAGUCCUCACCCGCGCUUUGACCGGGAAUGUGCAGACUCACAAUCACAUACUCGGCGCCGCGACCAACAAUAUCGCACAAAUGCAGGUUACGGAUACGGCGCACUCAGAGCCGCAUGCCGUACAGACAAGCAUGACAGCCUAUCAAGCUAGCGAGAAAGCCGAAGCAGGAAUCUUACAGAAGCAGCGCAAACGUGCCAACACCAAUAACAGCGAGCUGGCCUAUGUGCCGCCGCCUCGCACACCGACUCGUGGCAAAAAGGAUGCGUACCCACUGGGCUUCUAUGGCGACUACUCAGGCCACCGCUAUCCAACUUUCCGCGCGACGCCCGAUAGCGCACCACCGCCUGUAUAUGGCUCUUCCUACAGCUCGCAGAUUCCAGCACGAAAGCCUGUACCUCGUGCCGCUAGCAAGGCCGAGGAGCAAAUCUUAGGCUGCGAUUCAACGGAGAUCAACAGAUCCGUGGCAGAGUCCGAAAGCAAAGGCCUUUACACCCAGAGCUUCCCGGUCCCAGCUCACUGGAAUCCACGCCAGCCCAUCUUUGGAGCAGCACACGAGGAUGCGCAAUCCUACGCCGACCUAGCAGAAGAAGCCCACAACGCCAUCCGUCCCUUCUCCGACGAGCCAGACUUCUACCUGCCCGCCCACGAACCAUUUCGUCCAGCCUUGCACACAACACCAACAGCACCAGUCACAAUCCCCAACACAACCAAGAGCAACCAAGAAGCCAACGGCAGCCCCUCUUCAGCCACCUCCUCACUCAACAAACCCUGCCCACCCCUUCCCCCAACCACCCUCCUCCCAGAACCCGACUUCAUCCGUCCUCGCCCAGCACUAAAACAACGCUACGUCUCCGCCGGCGGCAACACCAAACUCUCCGACCGCGAAGAGAUUUCCGGUCCCGCCAUGAGCGCCACGAUCUCUUCACGCAACAGCGGCGUUCGACCCAUCCCGAAGGAUCAGUUAUUCGAGAUGCUCAAUGAUCCGGACUUCGUGCGGGCAAAUUUCGGUGAGGAGGCCGCAGGCAAGAUGCCUGUGGCGACUCCUCCUGUGAGUGCCAGGCCGAGCGUUGAUAACAGCCCCUCGAAGCAUGGUGGGGGAGUGAGGAGUAGUGCGACUGCGAUUGGAACUGCUAGUUGGGAUUCGAAAGUUGAAGGGUUCGGGUAUCAGAUCAAGAGGGAGAGGACGGAGAGUGGAGGCUCGUUCACGGGGAGGCUGAGGAGGGCGUUUUCGCGGAAGAAUAGUCAGGUUGAGUGA